AUGUCUCAAUCAACUCCCCCUCAGACCAACGCUGACAAAGACGGACAUUUCAUCCGCCAAGUCUACCUCCGAGGUCAACUCGCUCCCGCCUUCCAACCACCCACAAAGACAUGUCCACGCUGCUUUAAGUCCUUCCAAAGCGUGAGAGUAAUGUGUCUGCCCUGCCUCAAAGCAGUAGCCACUGAGAAAGAGAACGACGCUCUAGAUCGCAGCAGAGAUACCUAUCUCGACUCAUGCGAGACGUGCAAGGAGACUACUCUUCAUCUUGGACCAAGCUGGUGCAUAACUUGCUAUGCUGUUCCGGACAAUACAUUCCCAGUGUAUUGUGAGGAGUGUGUCGUGCAGAAUGAUGUCCCGAAUAAGGUCCGGGAUGACAAGGGUGGGGUUGUGGACAUGCUCAAGGAUGCGAGGCCGAAGGCCGAUAUCGCGAAAGGUGACGGUCUCAUGUCAGAUUGGAUGUCAUCUUCAAUCUCGGGACUUGAGGCGCUUAAAUGCGACUUCUCCAUCUCCGACGAUAGCACCCCAAAACCAUCGCGGUGGUCGGAUACACGAAUCGACAAACCUGCUCUGGUAAUCACUCCUAACACAGAGAGCGAUAUUCAAGCAGCUAUUCGUAUUGCCAAGGAUAAUAAACUCACUGUACUCGCUGCAGGAGGCGGCCAUGGGACGUUUGUCAGUGUGGGCUCCUCGGCGCUGUACUUGGACUUGAAGCACUUUAAGACCAUCGAUCUGAAUAAAGAGAAAGGAAGUGUUCGAGUCGGCGGUGGUGUUGUAACGGGCGAGGUGGUGAAGGCAUUGGCAGAAGAGGGUUAUUAUACUCCUGUUCCAAGCUCUGAUGCUGUAGGGUUUGUCGGGUGUGUUCUUGGUGGUGGAAGUGGUGUACUCAAUGGUCUGCACGGAUGGAUGAUUGAUAACAUUGCUUCCUUUCGAGUCGUCACAGCUAAAGGUGAUAUCGUGGAAGUCGGUUCUCAGUCGGAAGGUGAAGAGUUGGCGCUCUUUAAUGCUCUUUGUGGUGCAGGACAUGGGCUGGGUGUUGUCACAGAAGUGACCGUCUCAGUCUUUUCUAUCCCAAAUCUCAAUAUGGAGGAUGACAAGAUCUGGACGAGGACACUUGUGUUUCCUGCACCGGCGAUUGACGUUGCUGUCAAGACAUUUCUGGACCUGCGCAAGCCUCAACCUGAAGGUCAUGUCACGCUUGUCUUCACGCGCAGUCCUCCAGGCACUCCAGCAGCUGGGGCUCCGAUUAUUGUCUUGGGGUAUACGUUCUUUGGUCCAGCUGAGAGAGCAGAGAAAGAAGCAGGGUUGCUUUUUGAAGACGACAUUGUUGGAAGAGCAGUCGUGAACAUGACGAAUUUGGUACCAUUUGCCAACAUCAACGCCAAAAACAAAGCUUACGACUAUCACGGCGGACACAAAGCAAUCGCGUCAUGCCGUCUUUACAAGACCAACCCAGAAGCUAUAAAGAACACUUUCGAGAAGUGGACGGCAGCAACAAAAGAGUACCCCGACGCUCAGCAAAGUCCACUCAUCAUAUCCUCCUACAACAUCGACAAGAGUGUUUCCGCAGCUGGAGAUAACUUUAUCGACAGUCGCGACAGACCACUCGUUGCGCUAGCAAUUGUAAUUGCGGAAAGAGAAAAAUCCAAUCAAGCGUUUAUGAGUGUGCUGGAAGGGAUUGUUGCUGGGCUGAGGGAGGCUGAUGAAGGUGCUGGACCAAGAAGUUUUGCGAAUAAUUGGAAGUUUGAGACGGAUGUAAAUGAGAUGUUUAGUAAGGAGAUGUAUGAGAGGUUAAGGGUUGUCAAGAAGACGUGGGAUGAGGAUAGUGUUUUUUGGUCGCCUUAUUUUAAGUGA